AUGUCUCAAAGGCUUUUGAGAAAAUCAAGAACUAAUCAGAAUGAUUAAAGUCAGUGCUAAAGCCAAGGCCAUGCUUCCCCAGUCCUUAUGGAUGAGCAUAUGAGAAAUUUUAAAAUUGAAUUCUCCGACCUAUCAAGAAAAAGAUUAAGUGACAGUGGAGAAGUCAGGGAUCCAACAAUUUAUAGUUAACGCAAAUCCAGACUCUCCUAAUUUUCUCAAAUCAAUAAUCGGCAACGGGAUUUAAGCGAACACAACCCCAGCCUUCCACAAUAUACAGCUACCACUAAAUAAUAUUAUUAAUUAAAAUGGAAAGAAUUAAAUGGGUUACCAAAACAAACCGAUAUACAGUAAAUUAUCAAGACAUUUCUGUAGAAACUUAAAAGGAAUGCUAAUAUAGUGGAAUCUCCUGUUUCCACCACCUACUUCAAAGAAAACUACUUGAAGCAAGAGGUAUAACUCUAGCCUUCCUACCUUUUACACUUGAGAUAAUUUUUUCAAUACACAAGAUUGAUAUCAUAUAUUCUAGUUCCAUUGUAAGCAGGAACCAAUUCAGUGUAAUUGUGGGUCUUAGGUUUAAUUCUCUUAUUGUUACUAAUCGAAUAAAUUGAUUAUAUUUUUAAACUAAAACUGGAAAGAGUGAAUAUCACUUGCAAUUUUGUUUAUAUUGCCAGCACUUUAUUAAUUAAUUUUGAUUUCGGCAAUACUGGGAAAUUAAUAUUGUUACUCCUCUUACUGACUGGGAUCAAAUACCGGUUCCAUUGGAAUGCAAUCACCUUUUCCUUUAUAUUUCUGAUCUACAUCAACUACAUCGCCAAUCUAUGGCUGCUACUCCAAGAAGAUGAGUUCAGUUACAUCGAAUCAGUAAUUUGGACAAUGAACAAUUGCUUGCCCUUCCAUAAUAUUGAGUCGCACCAUCAAUCCAAUCAGAUCUACACAAUAAUAGUUUAGAUUGCAUCCUAUUAUUUUUAAUUGCUAUUUUUAACCUCAUUCAUCAAAUACUUAUUCUCCACAAACGAGAUGAAGAUAUUUUCAGACUUCUUACAGAACAAUAAAGUUGAUUACAGAAUGAUAUAAGAUACAAGGGAAGUACUGAAAGAAAACUAAUACUCAAAUACAUUAGCAACUGUCAACAAUUUGAUGCAAUCACUCCCAAUUAAUUUAUAGAAACCUUUGUUUUUUUUAAUGAAGAGCAAGAAAUUACAGCAGAUUAGUUUUUUUAAGUAGUAUUUUUCUAAGCAAUCCUUGGAUGAAAUUGGAUAUGAAUCAACUCUCAAGUUUUAUAAAACCAAUGAAAUAAUAGUUGAGAAAGGUCAAUUAGAUGAGUACAUGUAUGUAGUGCUUCAAGGAGAAAUAGGGAUCUAUGAUAAAAAUAUUUAUUUGUAAAAUUUACCUGCCAACUAGGCUAUUGGAAUAGAAAAUUUGCUUAUGAGUCAGGGACACAAUCUAACAAUGAGAAGUAAGGGAAAUUCUAUACUUAUUUAAAUAAAACACUCAUUAUUUUGGGAUACAAUAAAAAAGAUUAAUAGUGAUUUAGAAAUGCUGCAUUCCAUAAAAAAUGAAGUGUUAUUUAUGAAUAAAAUAGAAUUAUUGUUACAAAAUUGCUAUGUCUGUGGAUCAUAAUGUCAUUUGAGUUCUGGAUGUAAUAAAGUGCAUUCGGUUUUAAAUAAAAACAUAGUGAUCAGUAGAUAUUUAUAUUCAGUCCCAUAAAAAAGAGAGAAAUUUGAAAGGAAGUGGGAUUGGAGAGUGAACUCGUUAUACAAUUUUAAACUAGUACGAAGUUGUGGUAGGAGAUUGAAAAGGAAUUAUGGAUUCAUGUUUCAAGAACCGGAAAUAAAUAAUCGAAUAGAUUAUUAUGAUGAGGAGGAAGAGGAGGAUGAUGAAGAUGAAGAUGAUGAAGAAAUUUAAUUAGGUAGAUAAUCAUACAAAGACUUAACCAACCCAUCAAGAAAAAGUGUUGAAAUGAUUUCAGGUCAAACUUUGAGGGACAUCAUCUAUCAUGAUCAUAUUGAUAAUGAAGAAUAGUUGUAAUAUUACUAAUAAUAAUGGCAAUCACAACAACAACAACAGGAAAUUAAUCGACAUUAAGUCAAUAAGUAAACUUUACAAACCGCUGGAUUCCAAACCGGUGAGGAUUUGUAUUUUGGAGAUUCGAUCAACAUACCAUUACAGCACAAAUAGUUUACUUAAAAUAGCAAUACUUUCAGAUCAUCCAGUGGAUAAAAUACUUAUUAGAGUCAAAAGAGUUAGUAAUUAAAAUAAUAACAAUAUCAGCAAAACUAAUAACAAACACAGUAAUCUCUAUAUUAAUCGAAAACAUAUGCUCAAUCUCCUCUUGGAACAAAUCAACUUUUAGUUAGCAGCAGCAGAAAUGCUCAACCAAAAUUAACAUUUUCAUAUGAUCCAUUCUAUCAUGAAUAAAAUUCUAAAUAAUAAGUAUUGGCUGCUCCAUAGCCUGAAUAUUAGGCUAUGUCUAGACCCUAAUAUAGAUCCUCGACUAAUUAUGUUCCAAGUGUAUAAAAUCAACUCCCAAUAGUCUCUGAAGAGAGCAACUCAUUAUUAAAUAUUCCAAUUGCAAAUAAUCCAUAUCAAUCUGCCAUGUCCAUUAGCUCUGUUGGUAUGUCCAGCAUUGAUGAAGCUCAAAGGAGAGACGGGAAUAAUCCCUCAACUAUUGUUAGGAGAACUACACAAAAGUAAACGAAUACUGUUUCUAGUGCUGUUAGUCCUGAUAUUAAGAAAAAGUCAAUCUCAGCAUCUAACUCUAGAUCAUACUCAGCUUUGUCUUCUAGAUAAAAUUAACACUACAGUGAUUUAGAUAAUGUCUUGUAUAAGUAAGAUCUUAAGGAUAACUUUGAUAUUGAUUAUAUUGGAAUAUAUUAAUAGUUUAAACCUUAGAAUAAUUACGAUUGUGUUGUAAAUUAAAUCAAGAUACAGUCUAAGAAGCUUAUCAAGAAGAAGAAACUCAAAUGA